AUGGCUCGCGAUAGGAGCGUGUGCGUGGAGGCCAACACCGACGACGUACCUCCGCCGCCCAGGGGUCACUCGUCGCUUCGCAGUCAAUUUCGCGAGGCUCCUGCAAGCGCGCAGUCGGUCGCACAAGGCCGGUCGCUGCCGUCGUCGUCGUCCGUGCCGAGCGGCAACGCGCGCUACAUCCGCUCCACCACCACCCCCCCUCUGCGCCGACCCCCGCCCGCGCAGCCUCCUCCAGCUGAGGGGAGCGAUGGCGACGGGAACAGCAAGCCAGAACCCCAAGCGCGGGAGUUGCGCGGCAAGCAAGGCGCGCGCGAGGGUCGCGGGAGCAAGAGGAUGGAGAAUGGCGAAGGGGGAACGCGGGCGCAGGAGGGGGCGGGUGGGGGAGGCGCGCAGGAGAAGGCGGGGGUGGCGGGGGUGGCGCGCGAGGUGCUGUUCGUGAAGGGAAACGUGGCGGUGCACCCGUCCGCGUCGUCCAGUCGCAAGAUCGCGGGGCAGCUGCGCCUCGUCAAGCAUGGCGCUGACGUCUUCCUCAACUGGAUUCCCUACGAGCCCUCCUCGCCCGCAGGCACGCCUAAAGGCAUAGCGCGUGGCAGUCUGCUGUACUCCAUCCGCUCAGUGGCUGUGUCGGAGAUGCGCUCCAUCCGCCGCCACACACCGCCCUUCGGCUGGCACUACAUCAUCAUCGUCCUCACCUCAGGGGUGGCGUUCCCGCCGCUCUACUUCUACGACGGGGGGGUGAAGGAGUUCCUGCACGUGUUGAAGCAGCACGUCAUGCUCGAGCGCUCCCUGGAUGACCCCAACGUCUACAACGUCAACCAGUCCUUCGACCUCCUGCAGCAGAGGAGUCUAGCGCGCCUGCAUCUGUGGGAUCCGCCCUCCACCGACCCCGCCGAACCGCCCGCCUCCGCCAAUUUCCGCUCCAUGUCGCUCCCCGCCGCCCGCCGCCACGCCCCGCCGUUCCGCCCCUCCGCGCCCCCUGCCGCUGCAGCAGCGGCGGGUGGUGCAGCAGGGAGGGGAGGGGCGGGGGCGGGGGGGAAGUACCGUCUGGGCGAGCGCAGUGCGUCGGCGGUGGGGCCGCUGAGGGCCAGCAGGGCGCUGGGCAGUGUGAGCGAGGACGAGGGGGAGGGGGGCGAGGACGCGGAGGGCGCGGAGGGUGGCAAGGGGAAGGGGACCAAGGCAGUGCGGCGGAACAAGCUGCCCCCGUCGCUUGCCCCUCGCAGCACCGCGGUCACUCCCACCGCUUCUGAUGGCGGGGCAGUGGACGCAGAGGAGGGGGGCAAGGAAAGCGAGGGGGGAGGGGAGGGGGGCGAGGAGCAGCAGUACCCGAGUGAAGCAGAGAUGCUGCGCAUGCUGGAGGCCGCUCAUGCCCUGGCGCAGCAGCAGGCCAAGCAGAGGCGAGGGGGGAGGGCGGGGGAAGCAGGGGAGGCGGGGGGCGGGGGAGAGGGAAACGGGGAGCAGCCAUCGGAGGCGGAGAUGCUGCGCAUCCUGGAGGCUGCCAAUGAACGCGCCCUGCAGGACGCUGCCCGUGCCAGGGCGCUCUCCCACCAGCAGCAGCAGCACCACCACCACCACCACCACCGGCACAGCACUCACCGCCAGCAGCCUGCUGACGUGGCAAAGGACAUCUCCAUGCAGGUGCUGGGGGGGUUCUCCGCCGUGACGCGCAUGGCGCGUGGCAUGCUGGCCGCCGCCCCCGCCGCUAUGGGGGAGGCCAUGGGCGGGCUGGGAGGCAUGGGCGGCAUGGGUGGCUAUGAGGGGCGGCUGCUGGGCGGCAGGGAUGCGGAGGAGCGCAUGCCUGCUGCUGACGCAUGGGGGGGCGGGUGGGGGGGGGAGGAGGAGGAAGAGGAGGAGGGCGAGAGUGAGGGCAGCCUGAGCCGCCUUACCACCAUCAAGGGGAGCACGGAGGAGAGCACAGGCGUGGGCGAGUUUGAACUGUUGGACGACUUUCAGGACAAUUCCUCCUCCCUCGUGCCGCCUCGCCCUCUCCUGCCACCACUCUCCGCAGACGAGUGGCGGGGGUAUCAGGACAGUGAGGGGCGGGUGAGCGAGGCGAACAGGGAGGCGGUGUUGCAGCGCAUCUUCUACAGCGGGAUGGACCCACAGCUGCGCUCCCAGGUGUGGCCACGCCUGCUGGGCUAUGUGCCGUGGGAUGCCAGCCACGCGGAGAGGGAGGAGCUGCGGCAGAGGCAGAUCACCGCCUACAACUCGCUACUGCUGCAGUGGCAGAGUAUAAGUGAGGAGCAGGCGAGGCGGUUCACCAAGUACAGGGAGAGGUGCAGCCGCAUCGACAAGGAUGUUGUGCGCACAGACCGGCAUCUGCCCUUCUUUGCGGGGGAGGGCAAUGAGAAUCUGGAGCGGGUGCGCCGCAUCCUCAUCACCUACGCCUUCUACAACUUCGACCUCGGCUACUGCCAGGGCAUGGGAGACCUGUUAGCACCGCUGCUGAUGGUGCUGGGGGACGAGGUGGAGGCGUUUUGGGCGUUCACAGCGUACAUGGAGACCAUGGCGCCCAACUUCCACCGCGACCAGAGCGGCAUGCACGCCCAGCUGCAAGCCCUCUCCCAGCUCGUGCAGCUGGUGGACCCGCCGCUGUACGAGUACCUGGAGAGUGUGGACUGCCUCAACUUCUUCUUCUGCUUCCGCUGGAUCCUCGUGCGCUUCAAGAGGGAGUUUGAGUUCGAGGAUACAUGCCGGCUGUGGGAGGCGCUGUGGAGCUGCCACCUGUCGCAGCACCUGCACCUCUUCGUUGCUGCCGCCGUGCUUAAACGCCACCGCCGCCGCAUCAUGGAUGAACAGAUGGAGUUUGACUCGCUGCUCAAGUUCGCCAACGACCUCAGCUGCCACAUCGACCUGGACGCCGCCCUCAGAGACGCCGAGGCGCUGUGCGUCCUGUCCGGGGAGAGGGGGCAAGCAUGCAUGCCAGUGCCACCACCACCUCUGGAAGAGAUGUUUGAAGGGCCCGAGACAGGAGAAGAGGAAGUGGAUGACUGA